CAAGACAAGAGAAGACCUACCUCCCCCUCUCCCCCGCCUAAACCCCCAACCAGGAGCAUCAACAACCCAUCCAACCCCCACUGACUUUCUGUCAAAAGCAAUUCCCUUUCGACCAUGUCAACGUAACGGAGCCGAUUUUGCUGUAGUUCACAAUGAAUUCAUUCGAUUCCCUAUUUUACCGAUGGAAGUAUAGAAAUUUCUUCAUUUCUCUUCUCAUUGUCCUUGUUUGUGGCAUCAUCUUAUUGGGUGGCACACAGCUUUUCAACUGGAGUAUUACAUCAUCUCAUGGGGAUGCCAGAGUGAAUCUUGAAACAUGGAGUCAAUGGCAAGAGUUAAUGGUGGACGGAAAGGAGACACCUGAUCCUAUUCCUACAAGAUUUGAUUGUCAUUACUUCAACUGCUUUAAUGUUUACCGUUGUGGUCGAGGGGGCCACCAGCAACUUUCUGUGUAUGUGUACCCAAUGACACGCUAUGUUGAUGAGGACCGUAUUGCCAUUAAACCAAUAUCACGAGAAUUUUAUGAGAUCAUAGACACCAUAUUGAAUUCUGAGUACUACACUUCAAAUCCUUAUGAAGCAUGCCUCUUCAUACCACCUAUUGAUACUCUGAAUGAAAAUAAUUUAAGGAAGGACAAGAUUGCCAAGGCUUUGGCAAUGUUACCACAUUGGAAAGAAGGAGAAAACCAUUUGUUAUUCAACAUGUUGCCAGGAACACCCCCAUUAUUUGACACUGCUCUCAAUAUGGAUCGAGGCAAAGCAAUUUUGGCAGGAGGAGGUUUUUCAUCAUUGACAUAUCGAAGAGGUUUUGAUGUAUCUCUUCCCGUGUAUAAUCCUGUGUAUCAGGAUAUCCCUCCCAACAGAAAAAAGAGUGGCUCUCGUCGAUGGUUGAUUGUAUCUUCGCAGGUCAAUAUUCAUCGGGACUAUCGUGAAGAUUUAGAAGCCCAGAUGCUUGAUGAAGGAUUCAAACCAGAUGACCUUCUUCUUCUUGAUAAGUGUUAUCCGUUUACAAACCUAACAGUUAGAUGUCAUGGUUCCCAGGUGUUUCAGUAUCCACAGAUUUUGAAUGAAGCAAAAUUCUGUCUGGUUAUCCGAGGAGGACGCCUUGGUCAGAGUGUAUUGUAUGAUGCAAUGCGAGCUGGCUGCAUUCCUAUAAUUGUUGCAGACUCAUAUGUUUUACCAUUUUCAGAGGUAAUAGAUUGGCAAGAGGCAGCAAUACAAAUUUAUGAAGAAGAUCUACCUACUGUUUUGCAAGCUAUUCAGAAAGAUGUAUCUGAAGAAAGAAUUGAGGAAAUGCAGAAGCAGGUGAUCUGGCUUUAUGAGACAUACUUUUCAACCAUGAAGGACAUAACAUUGACAACACUGAAGAUCCUGAAUGAUCGAAUUUUCUCUGCUCACGCAAAAUCAUUGCGCCAAUGGAACAAGCGACCUGAACCUUCUGCAGUGAAUAAUCCACUCUUCCUCCCCAUCACAGCCCCUGUGAAUGAAGGCUUCACAGCUGUAAUUUUAACCUAUGAUAGGUUAGAAUCCUUGUUUCAGAAUAACCAAAAGAAGGCUCCUCCUCAGGCUUCCAUGUGGCCCAAAAUCAAUGUGCCUCUAAAGGUUGUGCAAACAAGAGAAAAUAAGCUCAGUAAUCGAUUCUACCCUUAUGAAGAAAUAGAGACAGAAUGUAUCUUGGCAAUUGAUGAUGAUAUAAACAUGAUGACAGCUGAUGAACUGGAAUUUGGCUAUCAGGUUUGGCGUGAAUUUCCUGAUCGCAUAGUUGGAUUUCCUCCACGGAAUGUCUUAUGGAACAAUGAUACUCAUAGUUGGAAAUAUGAUUCUGAGUGGACCAAUGAGGUAUCAAUGGUGCUGACAGGUGUGGCCUUUUACCAUAAGUAUUGGUCAUAUGUUUACACCACUCAGUUGCCGGGUAAUAUAAAAGAAUGGGUGGACACUAAUAUGAACUGUGAAGAUAUUGCUAUGAACUUCCUAGUUGCCAAUCUUACAGGAAAAGCUCCAAUAAAAGUAACACCAAGGAAGAAAUUCAAGUGUGGAGAGUGCACAAGUGGAGAUCUGUCAGCCAAUGAAGCACACAUGGUAGAGCGAUCUCAGUGUGUUACUCAUUUUACAAAUGUUUUUGGAACAAUGCCUUUGAAAACUGUGGAGUUCAGAGCUGAUCCUGUUCUGUAUAUGGAUAAUUUCCCAGAAAAGCUCAAGCUGUAUGAUAAUAUGGGAAGUCUUUGAGCAUAGUAAGUUGUGAUUGUUUCAAAGUAAUUUCUACAACUAAUAUCGAGUUAUGUUGACUCCUGGUAAUUUGACUGCUGGUAAGUUGCACUCCUGGUAUUUUGACUCUCAAGUGUUAUCAUUUUUGUUAUCAUUCACUUGUUUAUGUACAGAGUAAUAUAGUUAGCAGAAAGUAUCA